AUGGCUGACUCGGCCACUGAUCGCAAGGCUACCCGACAGAAGGCCCGCCAGUCAAUUGCGCAUAUGCCGUCUUCAAAGAUCUCGGCCUUCAAGGACAACAUCACCACCGACAUUGCUGCGUUGCAGGCUCAGAAUAGCGCUGCGCAAGUAGCAAAAAAGAAGUCGCGUGGAAAGAGCCUCGGACCAGGGGGCAUUGAGGCGUUGAAAGAGUCCACCGGCAAUGCUGCAAAGAUCUCGGCCCCCUUCCAGAUCAAGUCAAUCUUGAAACCUACCAUCCCUCUCACACCGCCCAAGGCCAUUCCUACCUUUGACGAACUACGGAAGCGAAGCACAGGAAAAGGUAAAUCGCCGAGCAAGAAUGGCGGCGAGGACCUCCUCAUUGAUUUCUCAACACCGGGGCCUAGUAGACAAGAUCGGGGCGAAAUCACAAUGUCAGGCGCUGAAAAUGUCGCUGAUCCCUUCAGUCCCAUGCGGCGCCGCACACCCGGCAAAUCGGGUGCUGAAAGUAUGGAGACGGUCGAGCGUGAGCGAGAGGAAGAGCUGAAACGCCAGGCCGAGAAGCAAGCCAUCUUGGAGCGCAGAGCUGCGAGACGGAAAUCGCUGGCGAACCGCAGAGUUUCGUUUGCGCCAGAGGCCACUCUGCACACAUGGAGUGUCAUGGAGCUUGCAGAAGACUCGACCACCAGUUCUGCCUCCAACUCUACAAGAAGACAAUCAUCAAUGUCAGCCACUCAGUCGCCCGCCGCAUCGGGUCUCUCUCCGGCGACAACGACCGUCCCCUCGACUCCUCUUGAACAGCCCGAACAUCAACUAGUCGCAGAAUCGCCGGCUCAUCAACGGGAUCUCCAUCAAAAGAAGCGUCGGAGAAGAAGCUCAGGGCUCUCAGAGCCCAUGUUGGACGCUUCGCAAGAUGAGGUCUUUUCGUCCAGCCCUUCUGGAGACAUCACGACAAACAGCAGUCCGCUGCGCGUUGAGGAAGGCAUUGAGUCUUCCGACGAAUCCGACACAGACGGAGACACCGCCAUGAGUUUGGAAGAUGGCACUGCGCACACUGUUACCUCGCAAGACUCCGGGUCAAGCACACAUUCCAGCUUAGAAGAUCGUCUCCGUCAGGCCGCCAGUCAGGCCGGGACGCGCGGAAUUGAAUAUGACGAACAAGACGACGAGUUAUCCAUGGAUCUGGUUACAGGGACUGUCACGAAUGCAUUCCAGCCCUGGGCUCGCGAUCGUGGGGCAAACAUGGAGAAUAGUGCCAUGUAUGACCUGGAAAACGUCAUGCCGGAGGAUUCCUCUCGCCACGCUGCCCCUCUACAGCGACGGGAAGACGCAGACAUCACAGAGCCUCAAGAACAGACAGAGGGAAUGAGCAUGGAUGUAACAAAGGCGGUUGGGCGCAUUGUUUCGAGGCAAUCUCCGACCGGGAAGGGUGUAAAGUCCCCUGCGUCUCGUCGGAAAAGCAUUGUUCGCCGCCGCCGUUCUUCCGGAGACGAUUCGACGUUCGAGGAGCCCAUGGAUUUUACCGUGAUGCAAGGUGGCAUAAUUGGUGUUGAGGACGAGUCAAACUCCAAUAACAGGACUUUCUUCCAGGGCGUCGACGAAGAGGCGACGAUGGAAUUCACGACUGCUGUGGGGGGUGUCUUGGGCGAUUCUGCCCGCAGAGAAUCCCUUUGUUCUGAAAAGACGGACGGGAAUGACAGCAUGGACAUGACGGCUGCGGUCGGAGGCAUCCUGGCUCCCAUCGAGGAGCAAACCGAACUCGAGAGUGAUGCAGACGACGAGCAAACAAUGGCCAUGGAAAUGACCCGUGCAGUGGGUUCCAUCCUCAACCAGGCUUCCGCUGGAGCAAAGAGGGCGGCGAGGACAGCUCUAAGAAGUGGUACAGAGGCGACUACGGAAUCGACGACACCGAAAGGGCAGCCAACUCAACAAGCAAGUCCUCAAACAACGCCGAAAUCUCAACAACACCUGGCAUCAGUAGCAUCAGAGACGGGUAGCCCGAGCCUUGCUCUAAAACCACGACUGUCUGGGAGGCCUCAGCGAAGCGCGACGAAAUCUACCACACCACAACCAAAGGCGCAGAUCAGUACGCCGGUCAAAUCUACAACGAGGACUCAGCGUGGUACUCCAUCAAAACAGAUUACACCUGUUCCGGCAGGCGCCGAAACUCCUAAUAAGACACCACUGUCUGCCAACGUAACACGUCGAGGAGCCUCACCAAAGAAGCUCUUCAAGGCUGAGAUCAAGGCUAGAAACUCACCCGGAUCCAUCCCCCGAGAAGCAAACACUACCGCAAACACUUUAUUCUCCCGAGACGCAGAGACCGGCCAGCAAACCCCCAGCGUCAUUCUGCGUGCCCCAAAGCCCCAGCUGACGCGACGAAGAUCGAGCGGCAUUGGUGUUGACAAAGACGGAAUUGGAUCCCCUCGGGUGUCGGAGAUCCUGAGCCGUCGGACCAGCAUCGGCGACAGCAUCCCUCAGUUCAAACUGGGGGGCGGCGCGCCCCAACGGGUGCGCUUGGAAGACCCGCAACUGCUUGAGCAUGAAGUGGAGGCCGAGCGAGCUGAAGAGCACCGACGUGAAAGUGGUCGGUUCAUCAUGGAGCAGGAGGCUAAUCAGCAUCAGGAAGAGACCGCGACCCUACAGCUGAAAGACAUGAUUGACGCCAUGUCGCCGAAGAAACCCAAGUCCGGCAAGCUCAAGGGCAGGAAGAGUCUUGCCGUUGGCGGGGCCAAGGGGCUACUGGGCAAGCGGCCGGCCGAACUCGAUAUGGACGAUGAAGAGGAGGCUGACUCGACCCCUAAGCGGUUGAAGGGCGUCUCGCGAGAGGGCAGUCCGGUGAAAAAGGUUCACUUACCGAGGCCGCCCAGCAAGGACGAAACUACAGGCCGACUGAAGUACCUCCAAGACCUGGCCAGCACCGAGAAGAUAACUCCUACAGUUGCGAAUUCCUCCCCUACGCGGACUGUGGCCGCGAGCCCUUCCUCGGCUGGGCGCUAUCGCAAUGUCGAGAGCAAUGGAGAUGCACGGCCUACCUCGUUCGAGGACAAGCUCGACAAUGUGGUCGGUGCCAUUGACGUUGCGACGGCUCAGCUAGAACACGGGCGUGAUGGGGACGAAGAGGAGAAAAUCUCGUUGCAAGAGUUCCUCAACAUGACCAACAUUCACUUCAUCGAACUUUCGACCACCAAGAGGAGACACACCAUGGCACAGUCACUGGCGCCCAGGAAAUCCCAAGAUGCUGAAGAUCACAACGGCACGGAGGCAACUUUUGUUGCAGCUGCCACCACGUUGCCCCUCCUCGAAUUAUAUCAGCACGCCACGAGAGAGCUCAAGUCCUACAUUUCUACCGGCCGCAAGAUUAUUCGAACGAUCGAGGCGGAAACCCUCGCUGAACAACCGCCGCUUUUCCGGGAGUAUCUCGAUGCUCGACCAGAUGUGAAGUUGGUCAUGGACAACCAAUUCCGCAACGGCAAAGCCAAUGCUCGUCUCCAGAGCAAAGAGGGAUGGUAUCAGUGGCGAGCCCAGCUUGUGGAAGGCCUCAAGGCUGGUCUCGAGGGUAUCAACCACGGGAUCAGAGCAGACCUGGUUCUUCUCGACCAGCAGCAGAAGCAAUUGGAUGGAGUGAUCCCACCCCUGCUUCUGGAGCAGUCCGAGCUUGAGAGACAGAAAAGCUCGCUUCAACAGAGGCUAGAAGAGUUGGACAGUGUGGAUCAAGAGGCUCUGACUGACUACCGCCAUCAGUUGCGGGAUGCUCACGACUACCACCUCCAGAGAUCUGCAUUGCUGGACACUCUGCAAGACCAGAUCAAGGAGAAAGACGAGGCUCUGGCGGCGGCAACGGAGCUGAAGCUCGAGAUGAAGGAUCAAAUUGCAGAGGCAGACCGAGUGAGAGAAGAACACAAGGGUUGGCCGGUCGCGGAUGUCCUGGCGCUCAAGUCCAAGGUUGAGGCGAUCGAGAAACAGAGUGGCUGGCGGCUCCUUGCCGUUGAGGAGGUGGACGAACCCAAUGGCUACGGCGCCGCUCUGACCAUGGUGUACAAGGAUCAACUCCGGUUGUUCUUCUACCCGCACGGCUUCCAAUGCAAUGCAGCUGACGCGCCUCGACGGAGAUCCGGGAGGAAGUCGGCGUCUGUGUCGGGACCGACCGCUCCCAUCAGCUUGACGUUUGCACCCAUCGGUCAAGACGAUGGCGAAGAAGCAGCUCCGGAACUGGCCACUGAAAAGCGCUUCUUCUUACAGAUGAUCCGAAGUCAACUGCACGUGUUUGCAAUGAUGCCUAAAGGGUCUAUCGCAUCCAAAACAUUGCUAUCGACUGUCUCUCAAGGUUGGGAUCUCGCGUGCAAUGUCUCGGAGGAAAUCCGUCUGCUGAGCCUGGUGGGCAUUACGACGGCCUCGAUCUUGAGUGAUGAGAGGUUGGCGAUUAAGGUGAAUUUGAUGCUACCGAAUCAGGCGGGACGCGUUGACAUAAUCUUUACCGUGAUGGCCACCAUUCUCAACGAUGGUGCCAUGGUUGCUUCCACCAAUGUGGCCGCCAACGCCGUCUAUGGAUCCAUGUCGCACAUUCUGAGUGGUGCGAAGAGUAGGAAAGUCCAACACGCUCUUGGGAAGGAGGUCGAGAGUCUGACACUUGGUGAGGGCGCUUUGGUCAGUGCCGUCCAGGGCUUUCUGGCUUGGAGUCGGCAGCAGGAGCCGUCGAAACAGGAGAAAAAGACCGAGACCAAGAUCAAGGAUGAAGCCGACUCUGCUCCCACAGCUACUUCGACUCCCCGGGCUGCGGCGGUACAAGCUCCCAGGUCACCAUCGACGUUGGCAUCAGCUAUAGUGACAGCUUCGUCGGCACCCAAGCGGUCGCCUCUUGCGCCCAAGCGGACCAACCCAAUGCAGAAGAAAGCGCUUCCAGUGCCCAAACAACGUCUCGAGAAGUUCACGUCACAGUACCUACAAGGGACCACAGGAGGGGCGGCGGUGGCGGCGGCAGCAGCGGCAGCAGAUAAGGAAAACUUCAACCCGUCGCUCUCAGUGUCGGGUAAGGCGCAGGCGGCGCAGGCGGUGCAGGACGAAGCCAGUGGCUGGGCAGACAAGGAGUCGUCGCAGUUGCCCAUAGUCAAAGCGGCCAUUCCGCCCGAAGUCCAGGAGGCCAUGAUGCACACGCCCAUCAAGCGAGUCGGGGCGUUGAGGAGGAGUCCGAUCUAG